GCGUAGGCCACUGUAGUCAGUCUUCUACAGGCAGUCGAACAUUCCACGUUGUAUAUAAGAGAACAGUAGAAGUAUUACAUAUACCCUGUAGAAAGUACAGUGGUUAAUAGUCUGGAAUUCUUCGUUCUGUGCAGUGCUCUUGCGUGCAAGUCUCCUUGCGUUUAUGUUUGGAAACAUGCGGGAGCGCGAGGAAUUCGCCAGAAGAUUCCCACCGGGACAACCGAAUUAUGGACCUUCUUCUAGAGCUUUGGGAUUGGACGCCUUGCACGCAUUGUGCAAGGAAAUUUAUCCCGAUCAAGGAAAUCCAUUGACGGUCACGGCCAUAGUUAAAUACUGGCUGGGAGGACCCGAUCCCUUGGACUACAUAAGUAUGUACGAGAAUCCAGGUUCACCAGAGCUUGGUGUACCACCACAUUGGCAUUACGUAAGCUUAGGUCUGUCGGAUCUUCAUGGAGAUGGGAGAUUGCAUCCUAAGACUGGUCCAGGUCGUCCCAGUGGAUUUGGGUUUGAAUUGACAUUUCGACUGGCUCGUGAACCUGGAGAGACAACACCACCUACAUGGCCUGCUAAUGUGAUGCAACAAUUGGCUAAGUACGUGUUCAAUUCUGGUAAUAUGUUACUGCCAGGGGAUCACGUAUCCUGGCAUGCUCCAUUGGACAAUGGCAAUGGUCGUAUUACUCAGAUGAUAAUGGGACGGGAUCCUCAACUUCCUAGUCCUGUUUCCACUCCCCAUGGAGAGGUGUCCUUUGUACAGAUCAUUGGUGUCACUUCGGAAGAGCUGCAGGCAGCUCAACAUUGGAAUGGUUUGGGAGUUGUGAAUCUUUUAAAAGGAAGUAGGGCAUGUGGAUCUUGGUUAGUUACAGACACCAGAAGGAUUCAUUCUGUAAUGGAAGAAGAUCCUUCGGUAGCUGAAAAAAUUCAAAGUGGUAUCGAAAGGGAAGGAUCGAAUCUGAGUGGUGUAUCGGCCAAGUGUUGGUGGGUGCAGAUAUCUGGUGAGAAAAGUACUGAAAAGUACAGAGAGAAGAGAGAAGAGUCGGACGACGAGGAAAACGACGUGAAACCUUUCAUAAAAACGGAAAGAUUGUCUCCGUGCGAGCAGGACUCGAAUUUCGGGGAUGAAAAUCACGUAAGGGUUCUUCCUGGUCUUCACUUGACCUUUAAUCUCGAGGCUGGAAGCCUUUUACCACUGGCAAUAAAGGGACGAGUAAUGCACGGUCGACAUUUUACUUUCAAAUCCAUCCUUUCACAUACUGCGGUUACGAUAGUCGCACCAUCUGUUACUGGUACCUUGGUUACAAAAGAGAAGCCUUACGCGGUGCAAGGACCUUGGUUACAAGUUCUUUUGCCCGAGGAUCUCGCGGACAAGAUGGCUCAGGAGUUUCAGAUUCUCAGUAACCCUGGUCAGAUCCCACUGCCAAAAACUUUCUCGUGGCCCGAACACAAGCUGGCUAUCACAGUGGUAAACGACUGAAGCAAACGAGAACUCCUUUGAACGCAAAAGGAAUCGAAUAGACUUGAAAUUUGAAUAAUGGAGACACACAUAUGGUACGUUGUCGAAAAGUAUUAUGUUAUUAUUAUUUUACAGGAAGUAAUUCCCAAAUCUUUUUUUUUUAACUAUAACGAAUUAUUUAUUUCUUAACGCGCUCUUUCUCGUACAGUGUCAUGCAUAAGAUUAAUUAUUUAUAUAUUAUAUUAUCAAGAGAGCUAGGAUAACGUUUCUGCAAGAUAUUCUAUUAUUGUUUAAUGUAUCAUAUCGGACACGCAAAUGAUUAAUACAUUUGGUAGCGGAAAUUCUUCGUCCUACGUAUUCCGUUUAUUUAAGUUUAAAAAUAUGCUCGGAGAAUUCACACAAAAAAAUGACUCUUUGGUUGAGGCUGCCGAGAUUUAUUCUCAUUCGGAAUUGAUUAGACAAUUAAAUCAUUACUUGGAUUACUAACGGAUUCAAUUUGAUGCGUAAUGAAUAUUUUUAUAUAUGGAUAGAUAUAUAUAUAAACGUAUGUACAUAACACGGUGUAAAUUAAACGUGUAAUUGUAUUUGAUAUACCGCUUUACACAUUGUUAUAAAAUAAUAAACGUUGUAUAUAAAUAUGA